CUAACUUUGCACUUCUCCACAUACCAUUUUCAGCGUGGCUUUGGAUCUUCAGCACAGCCCCUUAGCCCCGGGCCCGGUACAGGUUACCCCCCCCUGAUGGCGGCCCUGCUGGCAAGUGAGAUUAUAAAAUAUGCGACUAAACAUGUUGUGGUCGGCAGACGAGAUUGCUGCUUUGAGUUAUGGACAUUACAGUACUCAGUUACCUAAGCAGGGAUUACCUGAUCCAAGCAGAGAAUGGACACUGAUGGCUGCAAUUAUACAAGUAGAGUCCGGAGAAGACACAAAAGUUUCAAAACAGGUGGUUGCUAUGGGAACUGGAACUAAAUGUAUUGGCCAAUCAAAGCUACGGAAAACAGGUGAUGUGAUCCAAGACAGUCAUGCAGAGAUAAUUGCAAAAAGGAGUUUUCAAAGAUACCUCCUUCAACAGCUUUCUUUAGCUGUAUCAGAGGGCAAGAAUUGCUUGUUUAUUCCGGGAACUGAAAAAGGAAAGUGGAUGCUAAGGCCAGAGAUCUCCUUUGUCUUUUUUACCAGCCAUACACCAUGUGGUGAUGCCUCUAUUAUUCCAGUUAUUUCUCAUAUGGACCAGCUUGGUCAUCCUCUGCCAUCUGACACUGCAGAAAAGGACCAUGGCGGCAACAGUGUACUUGAAUCUUGUGCAACACACAAAAGAAGGGCGAGGAGUGAGGACGAUAUUGGUUUCAUAAGUAAGAAAAUGAAACAUAGUGAAGAAAGUGAUGAGACAUUGACCCGAGUGGAGAAUUGUGAUGAGGAAAAUAGCCAUGCAUUUCCUUCUACCUGUCAAGAAGCUCUGGAUGUGCAUAGGACUGGAGCAAAGUCUGUUCCAGGGGAGCUUCAGGACAGUUAUAGCCCAGGAGUGAAUUAUCACACUGUUGGGGUUCUCCGUAUCAAGCCGGGCCGUGGAGAUCGUACCAUGUCCAUGUCCUGUAGUGACAAGAUGGCUCGCUGGAAUGUACUUGGCUGUCAGGGUGCUCUGCUCAUGCACUUUCUGCAGCAGCCAAUCUAUCUGUCUGCAGUUGUGGUGGGAAAGUGUCCAUUCAGCCAAGAGGCUAUGGAGAGAGCUCUCUACAGCAGGUGCCAGAAGGUGAAAUCUCUGCCUAAUGCAUUUAUGUUGAACAAAGUACAUAUCAUCCAGUCAGACUUACAGUUUCAGCAUGGAAGGGAUGCACUGACUAAAAUGGAUGUCACCAGGAAACUUGUUCCAUGUGGAGCAGCUAUUAGUUGGAGUGCAGUACCCCACCAUCCACUUGAUGUCACUGCAAAUGGCUACAAACAAGGAACAACCAAAAAAGCAAUAGGAAGCCCUCAAUGCAGGUCUCGAAUCUGUAAAGCAGAACUAUUCAAUGCAUUUCAAGAAAUGGUUCAGAGGCUGCCAGAAGAACAGCGCUCAGAGUCUCUCAGCAGCCAAGGCCUGAAGACUUACUGGGAUUAUAAGGAGGCAGCUGUCAGUUACCAAAAAGCCUGGAAGUGUUUGAGAGAACAAGCUUUCACAUCUUGGCUCCAGACACCACGUGAUUUCCUUCUGUUCAGCUAACAGCAGACUAAAUAUGCUUUAAGGUUUGGUGGGGAAGUUUUUUUUUUUAAUAAUCUUAUUUCAUUAAAGUGUUAUUUGUCGAUAAA